UAUAGUUAUUGUUAAAAUGGUUAAUUCCUGAUGCUUGGUCACAAUGUCAGAAACCGGUAAAUGACAUGUUCUGAGUACGACAAUCAUGGCAGGGGAGCGGUGAACUUGCAGCGUUGCCAGAUUAUCGUACUCAACACUAUUUAUCAUUUUCAAGCCCCAGACUCUCGUACCUAGACAAAUAACUAUAGGAAAUUAAAGUUAGCGUUAAAACUGUUAUUUAUUGAUGGUUAUUUCUUUUUCUAUUGGUAUAGUUAUCCGUCAGAAACUACGAGAAUGCAAUGCCAAGAGUACGACAAUCAUGGCAGGGCAACGGUGAUAGUUAGUCAAGUCGAAGUUCAAGGCAGUGCCGCUCGAGCAGUCACGGAGGGAGGGUAUCGUUGAAGUCUCUCCCGGCGGUGUUAUGGUGUGCGUGGUGUUCUGAGGAUUGGUUUAGCGUGUGUUUGUGGUGAUGUGGCGCCUUGGUGUUGUGGCGGUGGUGGUGGUGGUGGUGGUGCAGUGCGGUGGUGUGGACUGGGCACAGGAGGAGGCCGCGAAGCAACUAUUGGAAUCUUAUCAAAAGGAAGCUGAAGGGAUCUACAACAACAACACGCAAGCUGCGUGGAAUUACAAAACCAAUAUCACGGAGGAGACAAGGAGGAAACAGGAGGAGGCGGCGGAGAGGUCAAGGGUCUUCCGGGAGAGGUGGAACGAGAGGUCACGUGACUUGGCUGACCGUGACCUGACCCCAGAGACCAAGAGACUGCUGAAGAAGGUCUUCCAGGUUCAGUUAGGAGAGGAGGACGCGAAAAAGCUAACGAUGGUCAAGUCUGAAAUGUCAACGAUUUAUUCAACGGGUGAAGUGUGUUUGGAUGAGAAGGGGUGCCUAGGACUCUUCCCCAACCUAACCGACAUCAUGGCCAACUCGAGAAACUACAGCGAGCUCAAGGAGGUUUGGCAACAGUGGCGCGCGACCGUUGGGAGGGGGAUCAGGCCACACUACCUCGCCUACCUCGAACUGAAGAACAAGGAAGCGAGGUUAAACAACUUCACGGAUGCUGGGGAGAGAUGGAGGGAGCAGUACGAGUCCCCAUCCUUCGAAGAGGAAGCGAAGGAUCUCUACAAGGACCUCGAAGGACUCUACCGCCUCCUCCACGCCUACGUCAGGAAGAGGUUGAGGGAGGAAUACGGGGAGGAGAUUGAUCUCAAGGGCCCACUACCAGCGUGUGUGUUAGGAGACAUGUGGGGAAGGUUCUGGACCAAUAUCGCCCCCCUGGUCACACCCUACCCCUCCCGGCCCCCCUUGGACGUGACCCCCGCCUUGAAAGCGCUCAACCACUCCCCCGAAACGCUCUUUCAAAUGGGGGACUCUUUCUUCACCUCCAUGGGGCUCAAGCCUGUGCCCGAUACGUUCUGGACGCGUUCCAUGCUCACCAAACCAGAGGACAGGGACGUCAGCUGUCAUCCUACCGCCUGGGACUUCUAUGACGGGAAGGACUUCAGGAUCAAGAUGUGUACCCAGGUGACCUUGGAAGACCUUCAGAUCAUUCACCACGAGCUGGGUCACGUCCAGUACUUCAUGCAAUACGCCCACUUACCCCUUGCAUACAGAGACGGCGCCAAUAAUGGGUUCCACGAGGCUGUUGGAGAGCUUCUGGGCCUUGUGAUGUCAACCCCACAGCACUUGGCCAGGAAGGGGCUGCUGGAUCGCCGGCCAGACUCUCUCUCUCUCUCCCACUCUCUGAUCUCUCGAUCUCAUUCUAAUGCCCUUCAGUCCCUCACACCACUUCCCUUCCACCUCUCCUACGACUUGUGGAGGUGGCAGGUGUGGAGGGGCGAGGUGGAGGAGGAGGAGUACAACGACCUGUUCUGGAGACUGAGGCUUAAGUACUCCGGUGUGGUUCCCCCCGUGGCUAGGACCCCCCUGGACCUGGACCCCCCCGCGCUGUUCCACGUUAGCCACGAUUACGAUACCAUACGAUACUUCAUAAGGACGAUACUGCAGUUCCAGUUCCUGGAGGCGCUGUGUGAGGUGUCAGGUCAUACUGGUCCCCUGCACGAGUGUGACCUGUAUGGCUCCGAGGCGGCGGGGAGCAGGCUGGCGGAAGGACUCGCCCUGGGUAGCUCCGUCCCAUGGCCCCGGGUGCUGGAGGUCCUCACAGGGUCAACCAAAAUGUCCGGCAACUCCCUCCGGCGAUACUUCAAGCCCCUGGAGGAGUGGCUUACACGGCAGGAUCUUGAGCACGUGGGCUGGGAGGAGGAGGAGGAGGAGGAGGAGAAGAAGGAGGAGGAGGAA